UCUGGGGAAAUCUAUCUUCAGGAGUUGCUUUCUUAAAAAGAUCCCAUGCCCAAUCAUCAGAAGGCUUUGUGUGGUUUGCCUGUCAAAAGAGAUAUGUUUACACUUUCCAUGCAUGUGUUAAAGCUAUCAGGUUACAAAGCAGAGUGGCUGAUGCAUUUCAGCCUUUCCUGCUAAUAUACACACCAAAAAAAUGUAUUUAUGAUAAUUACACGGACUGCCUGGAACAAUGCAUUCCAACAUCCUGUAACAUAAAUAAGGAAGGUGGGGCCAGCUGACAUUAAACGGCUUGUGUGCCAGAAAUCCUGAUCUCCACUAUAUAUAUACCCUUUUCUAUUGCACGGUCUCAGUCUGGCAGCGUUGAACCUGUUGCUGCAUUAGCCGAGUUGUAUUUUGCUAGAUAGGGGAAGGAGGGUUGUCUGCUGUCUGGUAGGAGGGCUUUGUCUGUGUGUGCCUUUCUCUCUGUCUCUCACACUCUCGCUUUGCGCUCUCUCUCGCUCUCUCUCGCUCUCUCCCUUUCCCGUCUCUGUGGUUUGUAAGGUAGGUUGCAGUGUGUGUAUAUACACAACAUCAAGAGCAGGAAAAUGGACUCAUUAGGGAGGCAGGCAGUCAUUACCAUUCACACUGCACUUCCAGGGAGACAGCGACUAUGAGGAGACAAACUGAGGACUGGGGAGCAAGCAGCACAGAAAAGAAGUGUUAGGAAUUGCUUUUACCCCCUUUGGUAUCCGACGAAGAAAGGGAACUAGAGGGCUUAACACAUCUGCUGCUUCUUGCUCCUGCUCUGAAAACAAUCCCUCCUUAUAUUUGCUAGUAGAGCUCAACCUUGCAUCCCACUCCAUCAUGUUGAUUCUCAUUUGGCUUCAUGAGUGCCUGAAGUUACAUUUUAGAUGCUGAAAUCAUUGCACCUUAAAAACAAAAAAGAUUGAGCUGCACUGCAUUCUUCUUCCAUCGUGCUGUAAUCAGUUCCAGAAUGAUGGAACUUGGGAGAUUCAUGUGACUAAUGAAAGCCAUUCGGAGAUAAAAAGCUUGAAGAGGAGAGCAGCAUCAGCUGGAAUAUUUCGUUCCAUGUUGCAAGAGACAGGGCGAGUUGGCGGGAAUGAAACCUUCUUUUCCAUACAGUUGGCUUGAAAUGCUGCAUUUAAGAGAAAACAGCAAACAUUUCUGAGUUACAAAGCACCAAACAGCUACAGACUCACUUGCUGUAAGACAAGCAAGUGUCUUCACACAAUUUUGCUGAAGGUCCAUGUUGACCAAGACUGCAUAAGAACAGAAAGCAGACUUUGCACAGCCUGCAUCCAGAGCACUUGCUCUCAUCACGAGGCCACACCGCUUCCUCAAGUUACAGGCACAGCUUUUCUCUGCCCCAAUGAAUGUCUGCGCUAGGUCUAAAACUUGGAGUGAUUUACCUGAAGAGUGAUACCAUCAAGAAACCACUGAAGAAACCCAAGACAGCUGAAAAACAGAAAGAGCCUGAGGAGAAUGAGAUUACGCAGACGGGUGCAUACAGUGCCAAGUCAGGCCUUCCCUGCCUGAACUUUGAAACUGUCCCAUCUUUGAGCCCAGCUCUCAUCCAUUCAUCACAUUCAGCAAGAAACCUGCACGCACACACAGGGUCACCUGAUUGUAACAUUAGUUGCAAGGGGAUGACAGAGCGCAUUCAUAGCAUCAAUCUCCACAACUUCAGCAAUUCUGUGCUCGAGACCCUCAACGAGCAACGCAACCGUGGCCACUUCUGUGAUGUGACGGUCCGCAUCCACGGGAGCAUGCUGCGCGCCCACCGUUGUGUGCUGGCGGCCGGCAGUCCCUUCUUCCAGGACAAGCUGCUACUGGGCUACAGCGACAUUGAAAUUCCUUCUGUGGUGUCAGUCCAGUCAGUACAAAAGCUCAUUGACUUCAUGUACAGCGGGGUGCUACGGGUCUCACAGUCAGAGGCCUUGCAGAUCCUCACAGCAGCCAGCAUCCUUCAGAUCAAGACUGUGAUUGACGAGUGCACCCGGAUUGUGUCACAGAAUGUGGGCGACAUCUAUCCAGUGAUCCAGGAUUCUGCCCAGGAGACACCGCGAGGAACUCCUGAGUCAGCCACUUCAGGACAGAGCAGUGAUACAGAGUCCGGCUACCUGCAAAGUCACUCACAGCACAGUGUAGACAGGAUCUAUUCAGCAUUGUAUGCCUGUUCUAUGCAGAAUGGUAGCGGAGAGCGUUCAUUCUACAGUGGAGCAGUGGUCAGCCACCAUGAAACAGCUCUGGGACUUUCCAGAGACCAUCGUAUAGAAGACCCAAGCUGGAUUACACGGAUCCAUGAGCGCUCACAACAGAUGGAGCGGUAUCUCUCCACUACUCCAGAAACUACACACUGCCGGAAGCAACCACGUCCAGUUCGGAUCCAGACCCUCAUGGGCAAUAUUCACAUCAAGCAAGAGAUGGAGGAUGACUAUGACUACUAUGGACAGCAGAGGGUACAGAUCCUAGAGCGAAAUGAAUCUGAAGAAUGCACUGAGGAUACUGAUCAAGCAGAAGGCACUGAGAGCGAGCCCAAGGGGGAGAGCUUUGACUCAGGAGUCAGUUCCUCUAUUGGCACUGAGCCUGAUUCUGUUGAGCAGCAAUUCAUAACUGGUCUAAGCCGAGAAGGUCAGCAAGACCCUCCUCAAGCAGAACAAAAUGAUGCUUCUGCUGAAGGCAUUCAGCAGCAGCACAUAGAUGCCAACUCUUCCUCACCGGAGAGAGGCAAUGACAUUGAAAGGGACAGCACACUGCUCACUGUAAGCAACAGUACUGAAAAGGGGACUUUGCAGCCUUCUAUCACUACGACUGUUGCCCAAACAUUGCCAAGCACCCAGCUCUACUUACGCCAGACAGAAACCCUCACCAGCAAUCUGAGGAUGCCGCUGACUCUGACCAGCAACACACAAGUCAUUGGCACAGCUGGCAAUACCUACCUGCCUGCACUGUUUACUACACAGUCUGCUGGCAGUGGUCCUAAGCCUUUCCUCUUCAGCCUGCCCCAACCCUUAGGCCAACAGACACAGUUUGUGACAGUCUCCCAGCCUGGUCUGUCAACUUUUACUGCUCAACUGCCAGCCCCACAGCCCCUGGCUCCUUCUGCAGGCCACAGCACAGCAGGUGGGCAGGGUGAAAAAAAGCCUUAUGAGUGCACCCUCUGCAACAAGACUUUCACCGCCAAACAGAAUUAUGUCAAGCACAUGUUUGUACAUACAGGUGAGAAGCCGCACCAAUGCAGCAUUUGUUGGCGAUCCUUCUCCCUAAAGGAUUACCUAAUCAAACACAUGGUGACUCACACCGGUGUCAGAGCCUACCAAUGCAGCAUCUGUAACAAGCGUUUUACCCAGAAGAGCUCCCUAAAUGUGCACAUGCGGCUCCACCGUGGGGAGAAAUCCUAUGAAUGCUACAUCUGCAAGAAAAAAUUCUCACACAAGACCCUGCUCGAAAGACAUGUGGCUCUACAUAGUGCCACAAAUGGAACACCUAGCACAACGGGCACUGGUGCAAGGGCUCUUCCCACUGGAGUGAUGGCCUGCGCAGAGGGAACCACAUAUGUCUGCUCCGUCUGUCCUGCUAAGUUUGACCAAAUUGAGCAUUUCAAUGACCACAUGAGGAUGCAUGUUUCAGAUGGAUAAGUAAAAUCUAUUCUGUUAUGAACAACAACAAAGCCCAACCAGAGAAACAACAACAAAAAGCUAUGGCACUAGAAUUUAAUAUUUUUUUUUUCAUUUUUACUUUUUUGUUCGUUUAUUUUCAUUUCAUUUUUGUACUACAUGAAGAACUGUUUUUUGCCUGCUGGUACAUUACAUUUCUGGAAGCUGGGUGAAUAGUAAUUAGCUCAGCCUUCCUUUGAUGGUGGCCUUAAGGCCAGAUAGUGCUUCAAGAGAUCUACUGGUUGGAUCUCUAGCUACUGGCCUCUAAAUACAACCCUUCUUUACUACAAAAAAAAACUUUUAAAAAAAUCUUCUUUGUCACUUGUGAAGAGCACUACACACACAAAAAAAACCCCAACAACUAGAGGAGAAAUAUGUUAUGAAAUCUACAAGGCCUACUGUCGUAAGUACACCGCUUACAGUGUUUCAAUGGACAGAUUCACAAUUCUGACCGCUUUGGACUUCACAGUAUCAGUUAAAACUGUGGAAUAGAACCAUAUGGUUGAGCAGCAACCACAGAAAAUGGGCCCUAUUGGAUUCCACCAUUAGUCUUGCUAUCUUAAAAAAGGGCUGUGGAGAAGGGCAAGGGAGUUUGGGUUGGAUGGUGUGGAGUCCCUGCAGGAUGGGGAAGGAGAAUAAUAGGUUCCUCUUGUGGAUUCUGUUCCAUUCCACACAUUCUGAUUCAUGAUUCCCAACUUCUUUCCUCCCCACUAACAUCAACACCAUAUUUCAUCAAAAGCUAGGAACAAUGAAGUAAGAAUUGAGGUGAGCAAAGCUGGCUUUUUAUGUAAUUUAUUCAGUGUCUUUGCUGAGCCAUGGGCCUCAGCACAAUCAACAGGACUUUUGCAAAUAUCAAAGAGAAACAGCAAAAGGAAAAGAUUUCAAUUUUUUCCCCCCACCUAGUGUUCUAGAUACACGAAAAGGAUUAGCUCCCACAAUCUUUGGGGGUAGGUUUGUUUUUUUGUUUUUUUAAAAGGCUGCAUCAAGAUUUAUUCUUGUGGAGGAAAGUGACGUAGAAAGUGGGUGGGAAGUAACUAAAAAAAAAGUUCUCAAGAUUUUUUUUAAUUCAAAAUUUUAUAGAGGGACAGAUGUGGUGUUUACCAGAAUAGAGUGCUGAUUUUUUUAAAAAAACAUAUUUACCACAGUAUUUGUGUAAAAAAACAAAAAAAAACAAAAGUGUAACCUUGUUAAAAGUAAUUUUUGUUUUCUCUUUUGUUUUGCAUACACUGCCACUAAUAUCUGCUCAGUUAUAUAACUGAAUAUAUAUGUGUAUGGUGUGCACAUGUAUAAAUAUAUGCAUAUAUAUUUAUACGUGCGCAUGCACACACAUAUAUAUCUAUAUCUAUAUAUAUAUCAUUGUAGAUAAAGACUGUUCAGAUUAGGAAUCCUACUUCCAAUUAGCAAGAGGGGAAAAGAGAACGAGGUGAUCCUGAUGUCUUGUUUCAACAAAAGAUAACGUAUCAACCUUUUUCUGUUAUUUUUCUCUGUGCUUUUUAGUAGUUUGAAAAUAGCAGUCUGGGAGUAAAGUGAUAUUAUAUGUGAUUUUCCCCUCCAUCAUAUUCUGCCCGCCUUGUAGUGUCACUUGAAAAGCUGUUCUGAAUUUGAAGUUUUGGUUUUAUUUGGCUUUUAAUUGAUUUUCAUCUAAGGUUCUGAUGAAAGGAAAUUGGUUUUCAGAAGCAAGAUUUUAACACUAUUUAUCUGGCCUUUGGAAUGGGAGUAUUUGUUUUGCUCAUAAGUCCUGAAGUCCCUAGGUGGGCAAAGUAUGAAGAUUGUUCUAACACAUCCUGUUAUUCUGUCUUUAAUCUUCCAUAAAUGAGAAAUGGAUCCAGUCUCUUUAGUUACUAAGAUAUCAUGAUUGUUCUUUUCCCUUACAAAUACAGCUCAUCUUUGUUAUUUUUCAUCUGCAAAGAUAUUAAAGUUUGUAUAGGUACAGAAAGGUGUGGCCCAAAGUGGAAUAAGGCAGCCAGGAUAUACAUUAGAAAUUCAUUUCAUUUCAUUUUAUUAUUGAUGCAAGGUGUGUCCCCUAAGUUUUAACAUCUUUCUAGAGGAGUUUUUGAGAAUUCAUCACCCCAGGUUGACUGACAUGCUUUUAGUGCCUAGUUGAAUUGGACCAAUGUCUGACAAAUCUCGUAAGCAUUUGUCCUGUGCGGUAAUUUCUAGUCCAAGCAAAGUACCGUAUUUUUCGCUCCAUAAGACGCACCUGACCAUAAGACUCACCUGCUGGAGCCUUGGCAACGGGACAGCUUCUGCAGCUCAGUAAGCCUGCCUUCAAAGGCAGCAGUAGCAGCAAAACUGAACUCAUUGGCAUUCCCGGCGGCUGCACCAACAGUGGCCGCUCUUUUCAAUGAGUCUCAUUCUCCAGCCGCAACAUCUAUCUCCCUGGGCAAUAUUUGCUCAGACAUUACUCGGCUCUGGCGGUAGCACCUCUCUCUCUCUGGCCUGGCAUUAAGCCGCAACAGCUCCCCGGGAGAGAGGACACUGGAG